GGCUCCGCGCGGUGGCGGGAAAGCGGCGCCCCGGCACUUAAGGGACGCUGAGGGGUAGCGGCUGGUUCCGCUAUGGAUGCGGCCGAGGUGGAGUUUCUGGCGGAGAAGGAGCUGGUGACCAUUAUCCCGAACUUCAGUCUGGACAAGAUCUACCUCAUCGGGGGGGACCUGGGGCCCUUUAACCCUGGCCUGCCGGUGCAAGUGCCUCUGUGGCUGGCGAUUAACCUGAAGCAAAGACAGAAGUGCCGGUUGCUUCCCCCGGAGUGGAUGGAUGUGGAAAAGUUGGAAAAGAUUAGGGAUCAUGAACGAAUGGAAGAAACUUUUACCCCUAUGCCUAGCCCUUACUACAUGGAGCUGACCAAACUCCUGUUAAAUCAUGCUUCAGACAACAUUCCAAAAGCAGAUGAGAUCCGCACCCUGAUCAAGGAUGUGUGGGACACUCGCAUAGCCAAACUCCGGGUAUCUGCUGACAGCUUUGUGAGGCAGCAGGAGGCACAUGCGAAGCUGGAUAAUUUGACCUUGAUGGAGAUCAACACCAGCGGGGCAUUCCUCACACAAGCUCUCAAUCACAUGUACAAACUCCGUACAAACCUGCAACCUUCUGAAAGUGCCCAGUCUCAGGACUUCUAGAGAAUGACCUUUGAUUUGUAAAGGCCUUGUGUCUGCUGGCAUGAGGCUUACCGGGUAAUGUGUGAGUGCUCAGGACAUGAUAGAGGUACUCAGUGCUGGGUUCCUAGAACCAUUUGAAUGUAAGAAAAACGUGCAAUGAAGCAAAGAAUGGAUUCAUAACAUUGUUGGAAAGCAACAGGUUAUGUUUAGUUCUUAAGAUAUUCAUUAAUUCCACAUCUGUCUCUAGAGGCCAACUGCUCCUUUAUGGAGGAAAGAAAAAGCUUCAACAAACAAGCCAUUCUCCCUAGCACGGUCUCAGGUCUCCUGCACGGAGCUGUUAUGUGUGGGUGAGUCUUCAUGUUGCUUUGUAAAGACAGAUACAAAUGGCGAUGGGGCCCUAGGACUUCGUUGUUUUGAUAUGGAUCUUUUUAGCUGAAUUUAAAUCUAGAGAUUGCUCACAUAGAGGAUGACAGAUGGUGGCUUGUGAUGCCGACAGGGGUUGAUCUCAGCCAGGGGUGGGGAACCUUUUUUCUGCCAAGGGCCGUUUGAAUAUUUAUAACAUCAUUUGCAGGCCAUACAAAAUUAUCAACUUAAAAAUCAGCCUGCUCUAUUUGGUCAAACAUUUAAUUAACACCCCUAAUGCCUUGGUAGGGCCAGACCAAAUGAUUUUGAGUGCCUUAUAAGGCCCACAGGCUAGAUGUUCCCCACCCCUGAUACAGAAUAAAGAUGGAAUCAACCCAAUCUGUUGGGUUUAUUUUUUCCUGCUUAAGCCAUGUGGCUAAAAUGAUAAUGAUAGACCAAACUGAGGUGUGUAGCAGGUUGUAAACUUCAAACACUCUGGUUGUCUCUUGUUAUCUUUGCUAUUUCUGGUUACAGUUUAAAGGGCUGCUUUAAAAGCUAACCAUGAUAUUUGAGUAUGUGAGGGGAGCACAGUGCUAAGAAGAGUUGGGCCUAUAACACUGCUCUUGAUGGGUUUUAGGGUAAGAUGGUCAUAGGUAGCAGUGGCUCAAAGAAGGGUAAAUUCUAAGAGAAAAAAUUCAAAUACAGCGUUUUGGAAUUGCUAAAUUGCUCAUAGAAAUUUUAUUGCCCUGAAAGGGGAAAAGAUUAUCUAGAGCAGCAGUUUUCAACCAUUUUCAUUUCAUGGCACACAUAAACACGUAAUUACUAAAAUUCUGCGGCACACCAAAAAAAACUAUCUUUUGCCAAUCUGACCAAAAAGAAUAGGUAUAAUUUUGAUUCAUUCACACUGUUGACAGCUAUUGUGUUGGCUACUGCCAUUUUUUAUUUGACAAUCUAAGGGAAAAGAGGUCAGUGACCCUGACUAAAUAGUCAGGUAUUCCAUGUUUAAAAAAAUGCUUGUGGCACACCGGUUGAAAACCGCUGGUCUAGAAUCAUACAAUGAGUGCUAGUUUCUGUAACCUGGUGAUUUUCGACUGUCACAUGCUAUCUCAAGGGCUUUUUGAAGAGUGUAUGUGAUCAGCUGAGCCUGGAAGAGACCUGCUGGUAUCUGCUCUUCAGUGUUUAAAGUCCAAACUUACUUCAGGUUUCUCCAUUCCUCAUUGCUAUCCAUCUAGAUGUCCCUCCAACAAGCAGCUGAUGGUUGUUUGAACAUGGAAGGGCCAGGCACAGAGGGAUUAGGAUACAGAAGACUUGUUUUUAUCAGUUAAGGUGACUGUUAAGAGCAGUGGUUGACAACUGGUGGUCCGUGAGGUCUGAAAGGUUGGCAACCGCUGGCUUAGAGGACCGCUUUCAUAUGACAGGACUUGCCUUUUCUUGUCAGUUUUACUCAGAGACCUUCUGAUUUUAAUCCGGGGAAUCUUCUUGAAUGAAGCCACCUUAUUGUGAAGGGUCAGGAAUCCUGUGUAGCUCAGAUCAGCCCCUAAUACCUUUCUCCUAAAACCUGACUGAGGUACAUUGGAUCUGUCUUCACAUUUUACCUGUAAAGCUGUAUAGUUGUUGAGCAUUAAAAAAAAAAAAAAAAAAAAAAUUUGGUCUUUUUAUUAUAGCAUAAAAGAGAUUUUCCUCUUAACAUGAUUUAGGAAGAUUUUAUUUUUUUUGGAUGUUGUCAGAAAUUACAGCAAUAUAUUCAUAAAUACCUAAUUACUACAUUCAACAAAUAAUAUUACAAUACAAUUAAUUCAAACAAGUACACUUAGAACAGGUUUAAUUUCACAGCAUCUAAACUGCCCCCAGAGUGACCGAGGCACUGUUCCUCCUCCCUCCCAUGUACUGGUUUACUGUUCUAGCAAUUAAACACAGGGUACAUACAAAGUAACACAACCAAUUAGCAUGGUCUUCCUCAGGUCUAGGCAGAGUUAAGGAGUUUAAGUUAAGUGCUGGAUCAAAAGUUGGGGACAGGCUACUGCAAGUAGUAAGAAAGUCAAUAGCUUGGUUACUUGAAAGAGUAUAGGGAUUGCUGCUAAAUGGCUAAUAUACACUUAUUUAAGAGUAACAGAAUCGGCUUGUGCUGAUCAUCUCCAUCUUGUGGUGGAUCCUUGGAAUUUUCUACACGUUAAAAAACACAUGGCUCAGGGGGAAAGGGAGUAUCUUGAUGUAAUGCUUGAGAUUAGGCAGCCUUUAGGAAAUACCGUUCCAUGUACAAACGUAAGAUUUCUUGUGUUAUAAUUCUUCACUGCUGAAUAUUCUUUGAAUUUCCUUAAGGGUAUUAUCUAAUAGAAUGUUAAUGCCAAUUUAGUGUUUUAUUUCCUUUAGAAUGUAGACUAAAACUGUUGAAAACCCUACCUUGGCCAUUUAUGUUAGGCAAUGGAUUAUAUCAUGAAAUGUUUUCAUUGUCAGUUUGGCUCUGAUUAUAUGAAACAGAGAACCAAUGCAUUUUCAAAUGAUCAGGUAUGUAGAUCCAAGUUUUGAGGAACGCUCUUGGUUUGUCCCUAAAUAUUUGAUUAAAUGCGAAGCUGGGGAUUCGGCUUUGGAAGGUGUCCCUCACAAGUUUAACAAAACAGCCGUCUCCUGCCGGUGCUGUGGGAAGCACAUGAGGCCGUGGAGGACUGACACAGGUUGCAAAAUCAAUUCUAGAGCAAAUUCGGUGUUCUUCUGAGCUGUGUCUUUUAAACUCAGUGUGAUAUAGCUGAACAAAAUCUUCAGAGAGCGCAUAUUUGCCCAUUUUUAAGCUCAAACUGAAAAGAAAAAUUAAAUGAGAUGAAAAUGUGUCUUAAGAUUUUAGAACUAAUUACUGGAUGGAAAAACCAUUAUUGGGCACUGUGUCUUAGUGGUGCAAUUGUUUUCAAAAGACACUUUACCUUUUUCUUAGUUCAUUAUGCUGCCUUCUCUGGUGUGUAUUUAUACUCUCUGAUUGUCAUAUUACUUCUCAAGCCCAAGAAUACGCAGAGAUCUCUAGAGGUGGGUGGGAGUCCGGUGUGACGGAGUGACAGACGCUCAAGUGCAGGGUGAGAGUGGCGUUUUCAAUGGGAAGAAGGAAAAGCAGUUGUUCCUAGCGCAGGGACGUCCUCCCUGACAACUAAACAAACCCCAAGGGAGCUCCCCUGGGCUGGAGGAGGAAUGGGGCUCUGCUUUUCUUUCCCAUCAAGUUAUUAGAUCUACAUUUUUCUUUUUCUAAGCCAAGGCCAUUACCAAAGCUGAUCAGCAAAAUUACUAGUACUCAGACAUUCUGUGAUGGCGAAGGAGGACUGGGAGUGAAGUGCUAAGAUGUAGCUCUUAAGCUUUCAGACCAGAAGCAGCAAGCAGAUUUUAAAGAGAGAAAUUCAGUGACAUUUUGCCCUGAUUGUUGGCAAUAGAGUUCCCUCUAAACACCUGUCCCCACCUGUGGAACAUGUUGAUCUCUCAAUGUCUUUGCAGGGGAGGCCACAGAACAGCCCUUAGAUCUCGUCAAAUCGUUUCUGUGGAGAGGAAGGCGCUUGUUGACUGCUGAUAAUACUGGCGGCACUUUUUGUCUGAGUUUGCUAAUAACUGGAAGAUUCUUGGCAGACAUACAAAGCAAACUGUGUGGGAACAGAUAAAGCGACACAAUGCCAUCUGCCAGCAAGCUGUUCUGCACAGCUAAGGUCUGGGGCUGAGGGUGCGGCCACUGAUCACAGUGAGUAGCCUUCAUGAAGGUCAGCCAGCCCUUCCCCUGGGUAAAGGGGAGGCGUGAUCACACUCAGACCUCCUCCCAUUCCCUCUCCCCUGGCAGACCAACCACUGGCUGCUUUAGCCUCUGGUUCAAGCCCAUUCAGGCAAGAGAUACUUGCUUGAUCUAUUAUACCCUGCCUGAGUGAGCAGUUAACUGGGACAAGAAGGAAAAAUUUCCCCAUUGCUUUGCACUGAUCUGAUUAUCUUUCUAGCUGCUCCUGUGCUUGUCACAGUCAGUUCAAAAGGAGGAGAAGUUCAGCUCAGACAUUGUUUAUCCUUUAUCCUACUUUUAGGCUUUUACAAAGCUUUGCAUCUAAAUAAAGCCUCUAGAGUUUCUACUUUGCACCUGUUCUCAGACUGCUGUAAGACACCUUAGAAUGCUAUCACAAACUGCUCACUUCCUGAAAGGUUCUUUUGCAAAAAGCCCCAUGUCUGUAGGUGCAUGCAUAGGUGCACACCCAGUAUGUCUUGUUCACCACAGACUAGCCCCUCCUCACUGAUAGCAACUAGGUAUAACUGCUAUUUGCUGUCCAGAGCUGGGGGGAGAGGGUAGAGAAGGAGGUAAGAAGUAACACAUGGCUUUCUACAUCAUUUUCUGGUGCAACUCAAAAAUGAAGUGAUCGCAUAGGCGCCA